GAGAGAGAGAGAGAGCGAGGAAGAGAGGCGCGCGAAUCUAUUGAGCAGAGUGAGUGUUGUUGGUGAGGAUUCUCCAAAUGGAUGGAACGAAACCAGCUAUGGAGGCGACAAGCGAGGAGAAUCAGGAUGAAAGAGAGGAGAGCAAAGGUUGCUUGGACUGCUGCAUCAAAUGCCUGGGCGGCGUGCCGUACGCCUCACUAGUGGCCACCAUCCUGUGCUUCUCAGGCGUGGCUCUGUUCUGCGGCUGUGGGCAUGUGGCAUUGACGAGCACCAUGACAAUGCUGGAGAAACAUUUCUCGCAAAUCUCACCCGACAAUGUAACCCUCGGUGAUGUUGUUCAGAUUUUGCAGUACAUCAUCUAUGGCAUCGCCUCUUUCUUCUUCCUGUAUGGCAUUAUCCUGCUGGCUGAGGGCUUUUAUACAACCAGUGCAGUCAAAGAGAUGCACAGCGAGUUCAAGACCACCAUGUGUGGCCGCUGCAUCAGUGCCAUGUUCGUUUUCCUGACCUACAUCUUGGGCUUGGCCUGGCUAGGCAUCUUUGGUUUUUCCGCUGUGCCAGUCUUCCUCUUCUACAAUAUGUGGAACACAUGCGCCGCUAUGAAGUCUCCCGUCGCCAACCUCACCUCUAUUGACAACAUCUGUGUGGAUGUGAGGCAGUACGGAGUCAUUCCCUGGAAUGCAGAUCCUGGGAAGGCAUGUGGGCAAACCUUGGCUGACAUUUGCAACACCAAUGAGUUCUAUUUGUCUUACCAUCUCUACAUUGUUGCAUGUGCUGGAGCUGGGGCCACUGUGAUUGCACUGAUCCACUACCUGAUGAUCUUGUCCGCGAACUGGGCAUAUCUGAAGGGUGCAUGCCAGCAGACUCACGCGUACCAAGACAUCAAGACCAAGGACGAUGGUGAGCUGCAGGACGUGCAGUCGCGCUCCAAGGAAGGCCUCAACUCAUACUCGUAAAUGAGGCUGACAUCGACUUAAUUCCACAACUACACGCACACACACAAACACACACACACUUAACACAGAGCUAACUAACACGGCCUAGUAGUGUGCUACAGCAACAGUGUGUUAUAGAGCAGUUACAGCCAUUGUUUCUUGAUUUUACAUGACAGUCAUAAAACAUGUUUUACUUCCUGUUGGUAAGAUGGUAAGGAAAUGCAUGCAUGAUAUUGAGAACUGUAAUUAUUUCUGUGUUUUUAAUGACUAAUGGCUAAAACUGAAAGUGAAAUGUUCCAGGUUAUGACUGUUGUGGACACUGUUGACGUAACACACAACCUCAUAGCACUUACUGUCUGCACUAACAUGCUACAGACAUUUUGCAGGAAUUGAGUGAACGUGUGUGUGAAUGUUGUUGUUUUUUUUAAUACGUAAUAAUGUAUGCCUGGUUUAAUAUGGAAUCUCUCUCUCUUUCUGUAUCUUUUUCUCUCUCUCUUUCUUUCUCUCUCUCUCUCUCUCUCUCUGUGUAUCGCUCUUGGUUAAUGGUUUCCUAAACUGCUUUUUUUUUUCUUUUACUAUGAACAUUUUUUGGUUCUUUUCCUUUUUUAUACUGGUACUUGAUACUAUGGGUAUAAAAAUGCUAGAUGCCACAUUAGCCGUUGCUAAACAUAGACCGAAGGUUGUUAAAAGCUCCAGGUCUACUCACGUGGAAGUUAAAAUAAAUAUGAAGUUAAAAAGCCAGCAAAGCAUUUAUAAAAGUUGUUAAAUAUUGGAAAUUAUCAUGUUCCAAAAAUAAUCUGUGCCUGUCUUGAGAAAAUAUUUUACUAAACCACUUGACUUUUUCAAAUUGACAAUAAUUAUAAUUCUACAUUAAGACUUUAGUUUGAGAGCAGUAAUAGAAGUGAUGUAAUAAGUACGUUAAAAAAUAAAUUACAACACAUUUAAUGCACAAUAAUAUAAAAAAGUCAAUAACAAUAUUCUGACUAUGAAUACAUUUUAAUAAAUUGGCAUUAAAAGAACAGAAUGUUUAGAAUGUUAGUCUGCUUAAACAUCUUUUUUAAAUUAGGCAUUUUCUAAAUUCGUUCGGGCCUAUAAGCAUGUUCUUUUGGUCCACAACUUACUGGUUUAGUAUAGAAAGAAAUUUUACAGAACAGAUACAAGAGGAUUAUGGCAAACUGAUUAAUGGUGCAAAUGAAAACAGUGUAGUUUUUCUAAUUUUUUCUUAUUUUUUUUAUUCCAUAAAACAUAAAAACUUUAAUUUUCUGAAUUGUACAGCAUAUCAAUAUAAAAAAAAAACACCCACAAGUCAAAUCAAUUAACCUCAUGUGAAAAAUUUAAAAUAAUAGCAAUGGUUUUAUGUCUAGCUUGACAUUUAGCGUGAGGCAUUUAGCAUAUUUAUAUCUAUGUUUGAUAUGUUGCACUAUUCUAAAAUGAAAUACUCAUAUAUUUAUUCACUCUUUUAGAUUUUCUGUCCUUUAAGAGAAAAGUGGUGAUUCCUGGAAAAAGAAUUAACUGUAACCUAAGUAUCAAUUAUCAGUAAAAAACAAAAGCAGCAACAUUGGUCCUGAAAAUUAUUACAAAGUACAAACAACUGGGUUUAAAUAUCAUUUAUAAUAUUGGUUUAAUUAGAGUCAAUAAUAAAUAUUAAAUGGGGCAUGUACGACUUGGAAUUUAAACAUAGAUAUUGCAAAAAAAAAAGAAAAUCAGCAUAAGUGAAAAAAAAGUAUUAUUAAUAUUAUUAUUCAAAUCAAUAAACUCAGAUAAAAAACUUUUAAAAAAUAAGAUCAAUAGUACAAUAAAAAAAUGUAUAAAAAAAAAAUCAAAAAUACAAAAUACAAAACACUGCAUGUGAAACACUGCAGGUGGUUUGUUUUUUCAUUAUUAUAUUCUCUCUGCACAACUGUAAAUGUUCAUCCAGGAGUAAAGAUCACAUUCCCCUGUAACGACCAGCAUAAAAAUUAUUAAAUAUUAAUGUCAUGUGACAUCAUGUGACAUUACUGAUGGAUAGUAAAGCCAACAUGUGUAAAAUGUCUCAUAGUGAUAGUGAUAAACAAACAAACAAACAAAACAAACUUACUGGACCUCUCGCCAUUUCCCAUAAGAAUAUAUCGAUUUUAUAAAUAUGCUUUUGGUGUUUUUGCUCUCUUCUUGUGAAACUUUUCAUGGCUUAAUAUUUACCAAGUUUUGUGAUUCGAACAGUGAUACCUUUUAUUAUGUGCAUAUAAACGUCAUUCCCAAAACUGCCAUGUACAAGUACAGAAUUUUCCGAUGAUUUUAUGAUUUUAUGGUAUUUUAUAUUUGAGCCUUUCUUUCGCAGCAUUAUUAGUGUAAAUCUUUUUAUCGCUGGUUUCAAUUUUCUCUCUUACAACAAGACUCUUCUUUCAGACAUCUUUUUUGAAAGCAUGUUAGUGUUGUCCACUCAUACAAUGCUAAAUAUUGAAGUUUCUUGCGCUAUGUUCUGUUCUGUUUAAAGGGGACGUGACUGCAGGGAUGUGCCCACAAGUACUUCUUUUUGGUUUAAAAAGAUGUGUGCCUGGAUGUUUUAUCGUUCCCUCGUUAUUGCAUGAUGGAAAGAUGAUAGUCCUCUUUUUUGCUUUCACUUUGUAGGUGAUGUGUAGUCCACUUGUUCUGAUGAAUUAUGAUAGGCGGUGUUUUCCUCCUUCUCCCCUGUCCUCCCCUAAAUAUAAUUAGCCAUUGUACGUUGAUGGGAUUGUAGUCCUAGAUGUUUCAUAGUCCAUUUGAUUUGAAAAGUUUUAUGAAUCCUGUAAAGUGAUUUUUUGUAACCUUCUCUAGUAAAAAUGAUAUUUUCUAUGAUCAA